CGAGAGUUCGGUUGAGAGGGUGCUGGAUGGUGGGGGAGUACCACUGAUGAGAGAGCGGACGAAAGGACUAUUUUAGCACGCAUUGGAGGACGAAUACAUCCAUCUACUGGAUACUGCACCUGGACAGGGUUCCUUCAUCUCAGGUGGCGUAGUGUGUUCUGCUUCUGGUUCCAGCAGAAAUGUCCCAGCGGAGCGGGCAGGAGGACCCGGAGCGGUACCUCUUUGUGGACCGCGCCGUGGUCUACAACCCGGCGGCGCAGGCCGACUGGACGGCCAAGAGGCUAGUGUGGAUCCCAUCAGAACGCAAUGGCUUCGAGGCUGCCAGCGUUCGCGAGGAGCGCGGAGAUGAGGUGGUGGUGGAGCUGGCAGAGAACGGGAAGAAGGCGGUGGUCAACAAGGAUGACAUCCAGAAGAUGAACCCGCCAAAGUUCAGCAAAGUAGAGGACAUGGCCGAACUCACCUGCCUGAACGAAGCCUCCGUGCUUCACAACCUCAAAGACCGCUACUACUCCGGCCUCAUCUAUACAUACUCCGGUCUCUUCUGUGUGGUCAUAAAUCCCUACAAAAACCUGCCCAUCUACUCGGAGAACAUCAUUGAGAUGUACAGGGGCAAGAAGAGGCACGAAAUGCCCCCUCACAUCUAUGCCAUCUCAGAGUCUGCGUACAGGUGCAUGCUGCAAGAUCGAGAGGACCAAUCCAUUCUUUGCACAGGUGAGUCAGGAGCUGGCAAGACGGAAAACACAAAAAAGGUCAUCCAGUACCUGGCGCAUGUUGCCUCCUCCCACAAAGGAAAAAAAGACCACAACAUUCCUCCAGAAUCACCCAAACCAGUGAAACAACAGGCGCAAAAUGCAGUUAGUGGACCCCUGUUUUAUGGUGAAUUGGAACGUCAACUUUUACAAGCCAACCCCAUCCUUGAAUCUUUCGGGAAUGCUAAGACAGUGAAAAAUGACAACUCGUCACGUUUUGGAAAAUUCAUCCGGAUCAACUUUGAUGUCACCGGAUACAUUGUUGGAGCCAACAUUGAAACCUACUUACUGGAGAAAUCCAGAGCUAUUCGUCAAGCCAAAGAUGAGCGCACCUUCCACAUAUUCUACCAGCUGCUGGCUGGAGCGGGAGAGCACCUCAAAUCCGACCUGCUUCUGGAAGGAUUCGACCACUACCGUUUCCUGUCGAACGGUAACAUCCCAAUCCCGGGUCAGCAGGACAAAGACAACUUCCAGGAGACCAUGGAGGCCAUGCACAUCAUGAGCUUCGGCCAUGAGGAGAUUCUGGCUAUGUUGAAGGUGGUGUCCUCAGUGCUUCAAUUUGGUAACAUUAACUUUAAGAAAGAGAGGAACUCUGACCAAGCCUCUAUGCCUGAUAAUACUGCCGCUCAGAAGCUGUGUCAUCUGCUGGGUAUGAAUGUUAUGGAGUUUACCAGAGCCAUCCUGUCCCCGAGGAUCAAAGUGGGAAGAGACUACGUCCAGAAAGCGCAGACUAAAGAGCAGGCUGACUUUGCGGUCGAGGCUUUGGCUAAAGCGACAUACGAGCGUCUGUUCCGCUGGCUGGUCCAUCGCAUUAACAAAGCUCUGGACAGAACCAAACGACAGGGUGCCUCCUUCAUUGGCAUCCUGGACAUCGCAGGUUUUGAGAUCUUCCAGUUGAACUCAUUUGAGCAGAUGUGUAUCAACUACACCAAUGAGAAGCUGCAGCAGCUCUUCAACCACACCAUGUUCAUCCUGGAGCAGGAGGAGUACCAGAGGGAGGGCAUCGAGUGGAGCUUCAUCGACUUCGGCCUCGACCUGCAGCCCUGCAUCGACCUCAUUGAGAGGCCGGCAAACCCUCCCGGAGUGUUGGCUCUGCUGGAUGAAGAGUGCUGGUUCCCCAAGGCCACAGACAAGACCUUUGUAGACAAGCUGAUCCAGGAGCAGGGCACACACAGCAAGUUCCAGAGGCCCCGCCAGCUCAAAGACAAGGCCGACUUCUGCAUUAUCCACUACGCUGGCAAAGUGGACUAUAAAGCCGAUGAGUGGCUAAUGAAGAACAUGGACCCUCUGAAUGACAAUGUGGCCACUCUUCUGCAUCAGUCGACCGACAAGUUUAUAGCUGAACUUUGGAAAGACGAGAUUCAGACCAUUCAAAGGGCUUCAUUCUAUGACACUAGUCUGGAUGACCCGGCAGUCGACCGUAUCGUGGGCCUGGACCAGGUGGCAGGGAUGAACGAGACGGCCUUUGGCGCCACCUACAAAACGAAAAAGGGCAUGUUUCGUACGGUGGGACAGCUCUACAAGGAGUCACUCAGCAAGCUCAUGGCCACACUGAGGAACACCAACCCCAACUUUGUUCGCUGCAUCAUCCCCAACCACGAAAAAAGAGCUGGUAAACUGGAGCCUCACCUGGUUCUGGACCAGCUGAGGUGUAAUGGAGUCCUAGAGGGGAUUCGCAUCUGCAGACAGGGCUUCCCCAACCGUAUCGUCUUCCAGGAGUUCAGACAAAGAUAUGAGAUCCUGACACCUAACGCUAUCCCCAAGGGAUUCAUGGAUGGAAAACAAGCCUGUGAGAGAAUGAUCCGAGCCCUGGAGCUGGACCCCAACCUGUUCCGUAUCGGUCAGAGUAAGAUCUUCUUCAGAACUGGUGUUCUGGCUCACCUGGAGGAGGAGCGCGAUCUGAAGAUCACUGACAUCAUCAUCUACUUCCAGUCCGUUUGCCGUGGAUACUUGGCACGCAAGGCCUUCGCUAAGAAGCAGCAGCAGCUGAGCGCCCUGAAGGUCCUCCAGAGGAACUGUGCUGCUUAUUUGAAGCUGCGACACUGGCAGUGGUGGAGGCUUUUCACCAAGGUGAAGCCUCUGCUGCAGGUCACCAGGCAGGAGGAGGAGCUGCAAGCCAAAGAUGAGGAGCUGGUAAAGGUGAAGGAGAGACAGCUCAAGGUGGAGAAUGAGCUUGUGGAGAUGGAGAGGAAACACCAACAGCUCGUAGAGGAGAAGAAUAUUCUAGCAGAGCAACUCCAUGCAGAGACGGAGCUCUUUGCCGAGGCCGAAGAGAUGAGAGUCCGUCUGCUUUCUAGAAAGCAAGAGCUGGAGGAGAUUCUUCAUGACCUGGAGUCCAGGGUGGAGGAGGAGGAGGAGAGGAACCAGAGCCUGCAGAAUGAGAAGAAGAAGAUGCAGUCACACAUUCAGGACCUGGAGGAGCAGCUUGAUGAGGAGGAAGCUGCAAGACAGAAGCUGCAGCUGGACAAAGUGACAGCCGAGGCGAAGAUCAAGAAAAUGGAGGAGGACAUUCUCCUGCUGGAGGACCACAACUCCAAGUUCAUCAAGGAGAAAAAGCUGCUGGAGGACAGGAUCGGCGAAAUGACCUCUCAACUGACGGAGGAGGAGGACAAAGCAAAAAACCUCGGCAAGGUUAAGAACAAGCAGGAGAUGGUGAUGGUUGACCUGGAGGAGCGUCUAAAGGAGGAGGAGAAAACACGUCAAGAGCUGGAGAAGGCCAAACGCAAACUGGAUGCUGAGACCACUGACCUGCAGGACCAGAUUGUUGAGCUUCAGGCCCAGAUAGAGGAGCUGAAGGUCCAACUGAGCAAGAAGGAGGAGGAGCUGCAGGCUGCUCUGGCCAGGAGUGAUGAGGAGACAGUCCAGAAGAACAACGCCUUGAAGCAGGUUCGGGAGCUGCAGGCCCACCUUGCUGAGCUUCAGGAGGACCUGGAGGCAGAGAAGAUGUGUCGAAGUAAAGCUGAAAAACUUAAGAGGGACCUGAGUGAGGAGCUUGAGGCCCUGAAGACGGAGCUGGAAGACACGCUGGAUACCACCGCUGCCCAGCAGGAGCUCCGGUCCAAGCGAGAGCAAGAGGUGGCAGAGCUGAAAAAGGCCAUAGAUGAGGAGACCAAAAACCACGAGGCUCAGAUCCAGGAAGUGAGACAGAGGCACGCCACAGCGCUGGAAGAAGUGUCUGAACAGCUGGAGCAGGCCAAGCGGUUCAAGGCCAACCUGGAGAAGAACAAGCAGUGUCUGGAGAGUGACAACAAAGAGCUGGCCUGUGAUGUGAAGAGUCUGCAACAGGCAAAGACGGAGUCCGAACACAAGAAGAAGAAACUGGAGACUCAGCUGCAGGAGUUUAUGUCCAGGGCCACCGAGGUAGAGAAGGCCAAGGGAGAGCUGGCCGAACGCUCGCACAAACUCCAGACGGAGCUGGACAGUGCAUACACUUUGCUGGAGGAGGCAGAGAAGAAGGGCGUCAAACUGGCCAAGGAAGCCGACAAACUGAACAGCAAACUGCAAGACUCAGAGGAGUUGCGGCAGGAGGAGACUCGUCACAAGCUGAACCUGAGCGGCCAGAUCCGCCAGCUGGAGGUGGAAAAGAACACCUUGCUGGAGCAGCAAGAGGAGGACGAGGAGGCACGACGCAACCUGGAGAAACAGCUGCAGAUGUUGCACUCCCAGCUGUUUGAGACGAAGAAGAAGCUAGAGGACGACGUGGGGUCGAUGGAGGGCCUGGAGGAGGUGAAGAGAAAGCUCCAGAAGGACGUGGAGCUGACCAGCCAGCAUCUGGAGGAGAAGACCAUGGCCAUGGACAAGAUGGAGAAGACCAAGAACCGACUGCAGCAGGAGCUGGACGACCUGAUGGUGGACUUGGACCACCAGAGACAGAUCGUCUCAAGCCUUGAGAAAAAACAAAAGAAGUUCGAUCAGCUGCUUGCUGAAGAGAAGACCAUCUCCGCUCGUUACGCUGAGGAGCGAGACCGUGCGGAGGCUGAGGCCAGAGAGAAGGAUACCAAGGCUCUGUCUAUGGCCAGAGCUCUGGAGGAGGCCUUGGAGGCCAAAGAGGAACUGGAGAGGUUCAACAAGCAGCUCCGUGCUGAAAUGGAGGACUUGAUGAGCUCCAAGGAUGACGUGGGGAAGAAUGUCCAUGAACUGGAAAAGUCCAAGCGAACUCUGGAGCAACAGGUGGAGGAGAUGAGAACUCAGCUGGAGGAGCUGGAAGACGAGCUGCAGGCCACAGAGGACGCCAAACUGCGUCUGGAGGUCAACAUGCAGGCCAUGAAGGCCCAGUUUGACCGAGACCUGCAGGCCAGAGACGAGCAGGGAGAGGAGAAGAAGAGGUCGCUUGUCAAACAGGUGCGUGAGAUGGAGGCAGAGCUGGAGGACGAGAGGAAGCAGAGAACUCUGGCUGUUGCCUCCAAGAAGAAGCUGGAGAUGGACCUGAACGAGCUGGAAGGACAGAUUGAAGCCGCUCACAAAGGCAGAGACGAGGCUGUUAAACAACUGAAAAAGCUACAGGCUCAGAUGAAGGACUAUCAGAGGGAGCUGGAGGAGGCCAGAGCCUCCAGGGAUGAGAUCUUCACCCAGUCCAAGGAGAACGAGAAGAAACUCAAGGGCCUCGAAGCUGAAAUCCUACAGCUACAGGAGGACCACGCAGCGUCCGAGAGGGCCCGUCGACAUGCUGAGCAGGAGAGGGAUGAGCUGGCUGAUGAGAUCGCCAACAGCGCUUCUGGAAAGUCGGCGCUGCUGGACGAGAAGAGAAGGCUGGAAGCUCGUAUCGCCCAGCUGGAGGAGGAGCUUGAGGAGGAGCAGGGGAACAUGGAGCUGCUCAACGACCGUUUCAGAAAGACCAACAUCCAGGUCGACAACCUGAACACCGAGUUGGCCGGAGAACGCAGCACUGCACAGAAGAGUGAGAACGCUCGGCAACAGAUGGAGCGGCAGAACAAGGACUUGAAAUCCAAGCUAGCAGAGCUGGAGGGGACCGUCAAGUCAAAGUUUAAGGCAUCCAUCACUGCCCUGGAAGCCAAGAUCCUGCAGCUGGAGGAGCAGCUGGAGCAGGAAGCAAAGGAGAGAGCAGCAGCCAACAAGAUCGUCCGUCGCACGGAGAAGAAGCUGAAGGAGGUGAUGAUGCAGGUGGAGGAUGAGCGUCGUCACGCUGACCAGUACAAGGAGCAGAUGGAGAAAGCCAACUCCCGCAUGAAGCAGCUGAAGCGUCAGCUGGAGGAGGCGGAGGAGGAGGCCACCAGGGCCAACGCUACCCGCAGGAAGCUGCAGAGGGAGCUGGACGACGCCACCGAGGCCAGCGAGGGUCUCACCCGAGAGGUCAACUCCCUCAAGAACCGCCUCAGGCGUGGCGGCCCGGUCAGCAGCUUCUCCUCCGGCCGUUCGGGGCGCCGCAACCUCAAUCUGGACGGUGCCUCCGUCGACAUGUCGGACGAUGAUGCCGACAGCCGUGCUGGCGACUUCAACGAGACGCAAACCACCAACGCCGAGUAAACACUGCGUCCCUUUCCUUCCUCGUCUUCUCCCUCCCUCCUCACCCCCCACCUCACCCACCUGUCCUUGGCAUCUCCAUUCAUUUCAAACCGCUGACUGGACAGACGAUUGGAGCGAUGUUUUUGCUAACGCUGGGCGGAGUGUGCCUGGCAGCCCUUUUUGUAUCAGUUAACACUGCAGGGAAAAUCCAUCGCCCUCCCUUGAAGUCAAGCCUCCAGCCCUGGAGAGUCACAGGGGCAAACAGACAAUUCUGCCUUACUCUGUCCUCAUCCGGCACGCUGCUACCCGGGCUCGUCUCUCGGCCAAGCAUCAUCUCAGCGUCAUGAGGUAAUACUCUCCCUCCCGUCAGCCGUCAACUUAUCUGCUCAGCUUAUUGAGAAAGUAUACAUAGGUGCAAAGUGCUUUUUAUACAUAUGAAACUGUAGGUGGAGGCUGUUAAGUGUACACACACACAUCAAGUAUGUAACGUAUGUGAACGCACCCCAUGCUGGAAUUGCAGCACUACAAGGUAUUACACGUUGGUGUUUAUUAGUGUUCUGCUCACUAGUUGUGUAAAAGCCAUCUCGUACCCGACACACUCCCUCCUUCCAAAACAAAAGGUCACUGUGGCCUUCGGACCACCACGCCAGCUGCUUGUGUUGCAUAAGUCUCCCUCCGAUGUCCGGACUGUUUACUUCUACACAGGAAUGACGAACAUCUCGGGACAUGCAAUUGAAGAACACGGACUCUGGAUUUGAAGUGUAUUACUGUGAAAAAAAAAAGGGUAUUUUUAUUUUCUGUGUUGCUUCAUCUCAACAUUUAAUGAAAGAAUGUCUCGCUGGGUUUUAACUAGAAAUCUCAGCUCACGAGGUUAACGGGUGUAUCGUUGACCAUUUCUCCUCUACUGUGGGUCGGCCUGAGCUGCGAAUGAUGCACAGAACUGCACAGGAAGACGUUUGAAUCUUAAACUGGAAACCAACAGGGAGAAAAGGCUCUUACUGGAAGCGCUGAACUGGCACAAAUGGUUACGAGUUUGACAGAUUGAACAGAGUCGUCUUAUUGCUACAUUUCAGUGUUUCUGCCAUGUUUGUUUUAUCACAUUUAAAACAGAGCUAAAGAAAAAAAUAUGACUACCUGCCAAACUAUGGAAACAAGUCAUUUAACAACUCCUACCGCUGUUCUGAAGGCAUUAUCCAAAUCCUCCUGAGUAUUUGGAUUAAAAAAAAUUCAGUUUGUUUCGCAAUAAAACAAGAUUUUUAACUUAAUUUUUAGCCAAAGGGCUCAGAAAUACAAGAAAUGUAACAGCUACAGUUCCAUGACAUCUGGUUUCUAACCUGUUUCCCAAGUUACAACAGUAUUUCCUAAUGUUAGGUCACAUAUGAGAAAAUAUAUAUUGUGAUUUAUUUUUGAUUUGUUCACAUUCCCUUGUUUUAUAUUUUCUUAAAACAAGCAUUUCAUGAAACUGAAACUUCAUUUCUGGCUACUUGGAUAGAAACGUUAACAUGAUGGUGAACAAACUAGUGCCGUUUUGGGAUUUGAAGCCCGACUCUUCAGACCUGAUUAAGCACUUAGUAUACCUUUGCAUUUUAGCCCAGGUUCCUUUUAAUGUUUUUUGUGAAGUGAUGUAAGGCUCUGCUUGAACUACAGCAGCCACCUCAACAGUUGCCAGGGAGCUCAUAAUCCAUCCAUCAACCGUUAUUUAGUCUUUCCCUGUAUCAUGGACCUGCAGAUUAGGGUGGUCGUCUGCAGCGGACUUCUUUGCCCUUCUAACUGUUAACAGUAUGUUUCUUUAAAAGAGCCUUAGACACUAAAUAAGAACAUGAGCGGGCAAUGAUUUAACUACCGAUGUGAAAAAAGAGAUGAAACCGGUACACCAAGCAGAGAGAUUCACUUUCUCAACUCUUGUUUUGUUCUGUGCUGCAUAUCAUAUCGGCCGUGUAACUCCAUGUUCAUAAUAACGUCCUAGCUUGAGUGUCUGUGUCAAAAUCAGUAUUACAGUAUCGUUAACACGAGAAGUGGAGCCCUCUGCGGCGGAGCUUCCCAAAGUUAGUUUUGUACUAAGAUCUCCCGUGUAACCAAGGCUUAGUACUCGAGCUAUUUUGGGAAACUUUGGUCGGCACAGGAUUCCAUUUGGUUGAGAGCUUUAACAUCCACAAGUAGUUAACUCAAUUUUUAUUUUAUUAUAAUUACACAGCUGGCUGUUGACAACCAGGCAUUCAACUGCAAAUACUCCCAUCAUAUUAUUUCUUGUAUUCCUGUAUUUCUAGACAUUAUGUUUUUGUUUGUUUUUGUAAGGAAAAUAAAGCAUUUUCACUGUA